CGAGAGCCUGAGAAGUACUGCCUAUGUGCUCUGCUGCUGCUGCUCAGCGAAAUGAACACCGGAGAUACAGCGUUACUUUUGUAAUCCACAGACAAAGAGUCAAGCUUGCAACAGCAUCGCAAAUGAAGGAAGUAAUGUAGAGUCAUAUCAACGCAAUCGGCUUCACCGCCCAUUCACUCUAAGGAACGCUUUGUCAGAGCCAAAAAAAUUCAUAUUCUGCCAAAAUGCCAUCGCCUCAAGUCCUCCAGCCUGUUCUCAAGAUGAAAGUGGAUGAGCUUUUUCUCAACUGGUUGAGUGAUCCUGCAACACAGUCACUACUCAAAGACUAUCUUGACCUAAUCAAAAGUGGACAACCAGUUGAGCUGAGCAGUGGGGACGCCCACGACAAAAAGUCAUUGACCUUCAAUGAGAACAACAAUGUAGCAUCCCAAAGGAACCUGGUAGAGAAGAAGCCAACACCCCUCGGUACUCCCUCUAGCCCCCCAUCUGCCAGUACCCUGCCUUCUGGCAGCAGUAGUAACACCAGAGUGACCGGACCCAAUGGCAGAGUACUACGGAGGUCUGUCAGCACCAAAAAGGCCCAGGUGAGGACGGAGGAGCCCGUCACCACAGCGCUGAGUGAAAGCAUUCCAAAGUUUUACUUCCCACAGGGCCGGCCCCAAGCCAACCUCAACAUCGACGGCCUCAUUUCCAAAAUUGAGAAAAUAUUUUCCCAAUUCCCAAAUGAAAGGGCCACCAUUGAGGACAUGGGGCAGGUCGCCAAGGCCUGUGAGUGUCCCCUCUACUGGAAAAUGCCAUUGUUCUGCUCCGCUGGAGGCGACAGGACCGGCUUCGUGUCCGUUCACAAGUUCGUGGCUAUGUGGAGAAAAACUCUGCAGACCUGUCACGACGACGCUUCUAAAUUUGUGCACCUCUUGGCCAAGCCUGGCUGUAAUUACCUGGAACAAGACGACUUUAUUCCAUUCCUGCAGGAUGUGGUGAACUCACACGCAGGCCUGGCCUUUCUGAAGGACGCACCAGAUUUUCACUCACGAUACAUCACCACGGUGAUUCAGAGGAUAUUCUACAAUGUGAACCGCUCAUGGUCUGGAAAAAUAACAUGUUCUGAGCUCAGGAAAAGUAACUUUCUUCAGAAUGUGGCGUUGCUGGAGCAGGAAGAGGACGUGAACCAGCUGACAGAGUUCUUCUCCUACGAACAUUUCUAUGUCAUCUACUGCAAGUUCUGGGAGCUGGACACUGACCACGACCUCUACAUAGACCAGAAGGACCUGGCACAGCACAAUGACCAAGCCAUCUCCCAUAAGAUGAUUGAGAGAAUAUUCUCAGGAACAGUAACAAGAGACAGAAAGGUGUACAAGGAGGGGCGACUCAGUUACGCUGAUUUUGUCUGGUUCCUCAUCUCUGAGGAGGACAAGAAGACUGACACCAGUAUAGAGUACUGGUUCCGCUGUAUGGACCUGGAUGGAGACGGCGUGCUCAGCAUGUACGAGCUGGAGUACUUCUACGAGGAUCAGUGCCAGAAGCUGGAGACCAUGGCCAUCGAGCCCCUUCCCUUCGAGGACUGCCUCUGCCAAAUGCUUGACCUCGUCAAGCCCGAGGUCGAAGGUAAGAUCACUCUGCGAGACCUUAAAAGGUGCAAGCUGUCCCACAUCUUCUUUGACACUUUCUUCAACAUUGAGAAGUACCUGGACCACGAGCAGAAGGACCCGUUCUCCGUUAUAAGGGAGAUGGAGACAGACGGCCAGGAGGUCUCAGACUGGGAGAAAUACGCCGCUGAAGAGUAUGACAUCCUCGUGGCUGAAGAGGCCGCAAACGAACAGUGCAACGACGUGUAUGAUAAUCCUUUGAGCCCUUUAGGGCAGCACAUCUCAAGCGAGCUGGGGCUGACAAAGAGACACUUCUUUGAGAUCCCCACUCCGCACUGCAACCUGGACCUGGACGAAUACGAAUAUGAAGAUGACUUUGAAUGACCCUCGGCCCUGUAGCGCUUUCUCACACGCCUGCUGAGCGCUGUGCGCUCUCAGAAACAGAGCUCAACCAGCAGUGUCAGUGGAUGAAUCGCAUCACGCCGGAGAUUCGCAGGUUCAAGCCCAGUUUCCAGAAACAGGACAAACUUCAAUAAACAGGUGGUGAAUUCAAACACUGUCAGGGCACUGGUGGGGUCAGAUGUGCUGGAGGAACAGCCACGGUGUCACACAUGUGGCUAACAGGAAACAUGACACUGUACUUUACCAGAUGUUUUAAUAUUGUCACCUGUCACAGUUAAAGAAGUCACCACAGCUGACUUCAUGAUGUCACACUCAGACCUUUGCUCCAUCUCCACGUGUUAACACAGGAGAGGUUGUGUUUGUGCACGUAAUGCUUUGUAUAAAUAAUGUCUGGGGCGAGUGUUUUGUCAUGUGAACGUCAGCACUGUGUAAUCACACGAGCUAAAUCACACUCUUCACACACUGGAGCUCCCUGGAGUGUUAGUGACAGAUGGGUUGAUUAGAUUCAGGUUCUGAACUCAUUAUUCUCUGACGUCAUUGGCUAAUGUUACAUUCCAGUGAUCAUAACGCAAAGUUUUCUACAAGACUGUAAAUGUAUUAAUGGUUGUUUGUUGAAAUGAGAAGUUGCUGUAAAUGCCAAACAAGCCACCGUUGAGCCUGCUGCACACACACACACACACACAGCUCAGACUGCCACACACACACACAAACACACUGUAUAUUUUACAGGUCUGUGCUCACUAUGAUUUACUGUAUGUGUGAGAUGGGGUUGUUAUUAAAUUAUUAGAGAUGGAUUUAUAAAUAAGUGUAAAUAUUUAUUCGGUGCUUGCUGUGUUGUAAAUGAUUUGGGAACGUGUUUUAGACAAAUUCUUUUUUUCUAUGUUACCAAGUACUUAAUAUGAAUGUACUUUGACAGAACAAAAGGAACCAAUUUUAAAAUGUUUUGCUUUUCU